GGGAUUUUGUUUUUCAACGUUGGCGUGCGGUGUCACUAGUGUCACCCCUCAAAUAAAUUGUUGGUUUUGUAAAUUAAAAAACAUCACAAAAUAUCGAAAAAUUGUCAUUGAAGAAGAGCACAGCUAUUAUUUAUCGCAAUGUCUCGCGCUUCCACACGUUUUGACACCAAAAAAGUGAAUUCCGAAUUGGUCACUCUAACUUACGGCGCUUUGGUGACACAAAUGAUCAAAGACUUGGACAAUACCGACGAUGUGAGUAAACAGUUGGAGAGGUUAGGUUACAACAUGGGUGUGAGACUCAUUGAGGAUUUCCUCGCAAAAACAGGGACCGGUCGUUGUUUGGACUUGAAAGACACUGCGGAUAAAAUUCAGAGCGCUUUUCGCAUGUAUUUAGGCGUACAACCGAAUGUUGCCAAUUGGAGUGCGGCAGGAGAUGAAUUUUCAUUUAUUUUGGAUACAAACCCCUUGACUGACUUGGUUGAACUUCCCGAUGAAUUGAAAAGUUUAAAGUACUGCAAUGUCAUUUGUGGGGUUAUAAGGGGGGCUUUGGAGAUGGUCCAGUUGGAUGUGCAAAGUUGGAUUGUUCAAGAUCAGCUAAAAGGGGACCAGAACACGGAAAUCAGGGUUAAGUUCAUCAGGAGAUUAGAAGAUGCAAUGCCGGCUGGAGAAGACUAAUAAAUUAUAUUGUUUUGUGUUUAAACUGGACCGCGUUUUCUAUAAAUUUCGCUACAGCUAGGAGCAUAGGUUCACUCAAGUUUCUACCCAUAAGUUGUAAGCUAAUCGGCAUUCCAUUACUUGAUAAUUUGACAGGAAUUGUAACUGCGGGAAUUCCUGAAAAAUGAUUUAUAAAUUGUUAAUUUAA